UUUCAAAUAUAUAUCGUGAUAAAUAUUUUUGGCCAUAUCGCCCUGCUCUAAAUGCUAGAAUUCCUGCUUUCCCAUAAACGAUCCAGGUGCACUGUUCUGACUCUUCCUAUCUUAUUCAAAAACCAGUGCUGCAGUAGCUUUUCAGAUGGCAGGGAUCACCCACGUCCUUCAGGUUUCCUGGGUCAGUCUUUCCUUGCAUAUUGGGAACACCCCACUACACCUGCUGCUAAACUGAAUUUGGAUAAUGAAUGUUCACCUGCUCCCUAAUUUAUUGCCCCAAGUGCUGUUUUAACAACAUUUUUUAUUAUUAUUUUUUAAACAUUGGCCCUCUGCUUAAUCACUAAUAUGAGUCAUUAGUGUCACAUAAAUUUUGUGCUGCAGAAUAUCAGUAUUUUUUUUCUUUCGGUCACAUAAAUCACAACCGUAUUUUCAUUUCAUAUUUAACAUUUGUCUCCUGGAGUAAUUUAUUUAAUCAUUUAUGCUCGGUCUUGGCCGUUGUAAGUCGUUUUAAGAAAAAUGCUUAAAAGUUUCUGUGAAACCCAAACCACUGGCUGUCUCUAUUAGGUUGACAUGACUAGUGGACAUGCCUUGUCACCUCCCAUGGUAUUACAUAUCGACAGUGUUAUUUAUUUAUUUAUUUAUUUUGCUGUCAGUACUCUGUGUUGGUGACCAGAGGGGACAAAAAAAAAAAGAUCAAUAGUGACACUGAGACGUUUGAUUUUUUUUUUUCCCCUGGCUUGCUUUGGUGCCAUGCAGCACUCAUGUUACAGCAGUACCUGAUUAUGUGCAGUUAGACAAUGUCAGAGUCCCUGAGGAGCAACAAAAACAUGCAGUUGCUAUAGAGUCUGCAGAAAAUGGAGACAAAAGCUUCGGAUUUGGAGGUGAAGGAGCAACUGUGUGUGUCCACCUUACUUUUAUUUCAUCAUUUUAAUACACAGGGAUCAGCUGUGGGAUUUGAGUUGCGCUACUUGGCUCGAUGAAGAGUCAUUUGAUUCAAUUAAAAAAAAAAAAGUAUCCUAGAUAAACAGCUCACAUAUUAAGCUGCACCAUGUUCAUCUUUGGCAUAUUUGGCAUAUUAAUUUACACUGUUGUUAUAAGCAUCUGCUACUUUCACCUCUGUCCAGUCUGUGUGUCACUUUGGUCAGCUGGGUAUCCAUAUUCAAGUAGUCUGCAUGGUACUAGACUACAGUGUAUUGUUCUCUGCUCUUCAUUCUGCCUGUUUGAUAGAGGUGGGACUCAUCAGACACUGAUACAGUAUUAUUGGGAUUUUUUGCGAUAUUGAUAAGCUUUAUUGCGAUUUAUCACUUUUUCUCACAAAGUUAAACUUUGUCAAUAUUUCCUUUUUUAAAAAUUUAAAACAAUUAAAGGUAGCCAUUGAUUUGGUUUAAAAAAAAAAAAUUUAAUUCGUUAAUUUAAGAUUUGUAGAUACAUGGAGGUUUCUGUCUUAUUUACUACUACUAGUGUGUAUUAAGUAGCAGCUUUUUCAAGUUAAGUGUAUCCAGCGUUGGAUGGUUUUUCGGUUGAGAUGAGUUUGUUUGGCUAACGUUAUUUCGGGAUGGGCGUGUAUGAGAUAAGCUUUUUUUGUUGUUCAGUAUUUAAAUGUAGGGUCUUUACCUUACAAUAUAAAGUGGCUUGAAGCAACUUGAUUGAAUUGUUGAAUUUGAUGCUAUAUAACUGAAAUUGAAAUACAUUUAUACCAGUGUACAAGAAAACGUAGGCAAGUUCUUGUCUCAUUUUGGGUGUUGAAGUAUGUUGCUUUUCUUUAACAAAUGGGAUCCUCUACACGUGCUACAUAAUCAUAUAAAAGACAAAAAGGCAAAGAUUUGUGCUCCUGAGUCAUCGGCCUUAAGUGUGCCACAACAAUGCUGAGCAGGUCCCCUCCUCAUACUCACUGGGACAUAAAACUUUUUGAUGUCUCUCGCCCCCCACACACUUGUCUUUUUUUCUCUUUCAGCGCAGCCACACUCUUCUCUUUCCUCUUGCACUCUCUUAAAGGCCACAGCAGUCUUUCAGCCAGCCUUCAGCUUUUCUUUCAGUUGAAACCCCUCCUGUCACCACCACCGCCACCCUCCCCACAGCUCGAGACAAAGAGAGGAGAGUGACUGUGGCGCUCUGUAGCCAGGUGUUCUCCAUUGCUGCCCGGGGCCGUAAUAGCACCAGGCCUCACACUGCAGCUGCCCUCCCCAGCCUCCCAUUGUGUAGCUCCAUUGUUCAGCCUCCCACCCCUCGUUGAUUCAUCGGCCACACAGGGGAAGCCCUUUCAGGCCGUGGAGUGUGUGAGUUAGCGUGCGUGUGUGUGUGCCGGUGCACGUCGAGUACGCGUGCCUUGGGGAAACUGGGUGUUGCAGACAUCUGCCCACAGCCACUCCCCUCCUCCCCCGCCUCUUGCCUCUGCACCUCAUUGUAGGGCUGCUGCUCCUCCGAUUGGUUAGAAGCAGCCACUCUAAACGAGGGAAUGGCUGACAUUGUUGGGUCCAUCUGUUCUGCCACUCAUUGUCCAACUUGCCUGCUUCUGCAGAGGGGGGAAAAAAAGCACACACAGCUCUGGAAGACAGUCGGACAGUGAGGACAGAGGUGUGAGGCUGGAGCUGGAUGCUCUAGAAGAAAGAAGAAAUCGAUCUUGGAUGUUGUUGCUGUUCGAACUUUGGGAUUGGUUCUUUCUCAGUUUCACCUGCAGCGUUUUUUAAUCGGCUUUUCAAGGAUUUAAAGAUGUUGAAAUGAGCUAAUCACAUUUCCUCUCUUCAUUGUUUGUUGCACUUUAUUGGUCUGGCACCAAUGAGUCAAGUUUUGUGAGUGGGCAGCAGUCAGCCCAGUGUGCUGGAUGUCUGUGACAGACCCAUGGGUCAGAAGGACCAUGUGGAGGCAGGUUCAGGCCAUAUCCUCGACCUGGGGCUGGAUUUGGAGUAUCUACACGUAGCGGGGGGUGACCGGCAGGCUGGCGGCGCUGACGGGCCCCCUGCUAUGGAGGAGCAGGGGGAGAGCACCGCUGGCUCCCCUCCAUUGACCGUCCUAGAGGAAAACAGUGGGUUCGACGCAGAGGGCGAGUCAGCGUUGACCUCCAGCUCCACCCUCGCUCCAGGUACCGACUCGGACGGAGGAGACGGAGGGUCGACUCACAGUAAGAACACCCACCAGCCCCUCUGCCGGACCCAGUGUGUGGACUUAGGCACCGAAGGCCCUCCCGAGCCCCCAUCUGAACUUCUAGCAGAGCUUGAAUGUGACGCCCAUGCCCAGUCCACACUCGGCUCCCCAUCCGAGCACCUGCCUGAACCUCCACCCAGUCUGUCUGCUUCAGAGCCUGGCUAUGAGGCUGGUGGGAAAGAGUACCAGGCUAAGCUCGAGUUUGCCCUCAAACUCGGCUACUCCGAGGAGACGGUGCGACUGGUGCUGUCUAAGCUCGGCCCUGACACCCUAAUCAAUGACAUACUGGGAGAGCUGGUCAAGCUGGGCACCAAGUCAGACAGUGAGCAGCCGGCUGGAUUAUUAGCCUCUACCUCAUCCUCUUCAUCUUCCUCAUCCUCCUGUGGAUGUUCUGAUUUGCUGGAAGGCCAGAGGCCAGACUCACCCUGUCAUUCAGACUCUUUGUGUGACCAGGACAACCUGCGGCCAGUCGUGAUAGAUGGCAGCAAUGUAGCCAUGAGCCAUGGCAACAAGGAAGUGUUUUCCUGUCAGGGCAUCCAGCUGGCUGUAGAUUGGUUCCUCGAGCGCGGCCAUCAAGACAUCACAGUUUUUGUGCCUGCGUGGCGGAAAGAGCAGUCCCGACCCGAUGCCCCUAUAACAGAUCAGGACAUCUUACGUCGCCUAGAGAAGGAAAAAAUCCUGGUGUUCACGCCUUCACGGCGUGUCCAAGGUCGACGCGUGGUCUGCUAUGACGACCGCUUCAUUGUCAAGCUGGCCUAUGAGUCAGACGGCAUUAUCGUCUCCAACGACAACUACAGAGACCUGGCUAACGAGAAGCCCGAGUGGAAGAAGUUCAUAGAUGAGAGGCUUCUCAUGUAUUCCUUUGUCAAUGAUAAAUUCAUGCCGCCAGAUGACCCUCUUGGUCGUCACGGCCCGAGCUUAGACAACUUCCUGAGAAAAAGGCCCGUCAUGCCUGAGCAGAAGAAGCAGCCUUGUCCAUACGGAAAGAAGUGUACUUACGGUCACAAAUGUAAGUACUACCACCCGGAGCGAGGCGCCCAACCACAGCGUGCCGUGGCUGAUGAGCUGCGUGCCAGCGCCAAGACUUGCGUCGUCUCAAAGAACCAGGGCGACGCCGGGCUGGUGAAGAGCCACAGCGUGCCAGCUGGCAGCAUCGACGCCAAGAAAGGCGCCCCGAAAAGGCAGUCGGACCCCAGCAUCCGAGCUCUGUCAUACAGCGAUGCCGAAGAGAAGCUGCUGGCCAAAGGGAGGCUGGAGGUGCAGAAGAAUACUGUGUGUGGCAGCAGCAGUAGCAGCUCCACUAGCGGUAGCUGCGGUGGGAGUGUAAGCAUGUCCCCGGCCCCAGGAGGCCCACCAUCCACUCUUGGCCUCCCACAAGAGCAGCAAGCGAGACCAGUGAUGCCUCAUGGUCACUUACCAGCCCCCAGCCAUGACCUUUACCCUCACUGUGAGUCUCCAGACUUAAGCUACUAUUCAGUAACACGUGCUUACACUGGUCUGAGUCUCUCCUCCAGACGGAGCCCAGACUGUCGCUUCCCCAAUGACACAGACCUGCGGCUGGGCUCAGCUGGCUCCGAGUGCAGCAGCGAAAGCAGCGUCAGUUGCGGCAGCAGCUGCGACUUGUACAGCGAGAGGCAGUGUCCCGGAUGCCCCCCGGACCCCUUACUGGAAGACGCUGUCCAUUUUCCUAAUCCCCACAGCCGACUGUACUCCCAUCAUGCCACAUCUAGCCAUGAACUUUGUGGCCUGCAUCCUGCCGAAUACACAAACAUUCAGCACAGCCACACGCCGAGCACAGGACUACACCCUUACCACCUGAGCGCCGCACGCGGGCAGAGCUGCGCUCAUGAUCCGCCUCCACUAGAGGCUCCCCCAAAGCGGCCCCUCUACCCCCUGCCCCCUCAUCUCCAGCACCAACCGCUGACCGCACGGUCCAGCUGCCCAGGCGACUACCACUCUCUGCCGCAGUCCAACCCCGCACCCCCUGGCUCACCCCUUGGCCGCUGCCUGGCCCCAACGCGAGCAGAAAGUGUGUCCGACUCACACCUGUACGAACACCUCUCCACAUCACACCAUCGCCACCGACCAAAAGCCCUGCCCAGCUGGGACAAGUACUACAGGCAGCAACCGCUGCCGCCGUCCAGAUACGAGCCGCCUACCUACCAAAGCCUGCCAGACACACGCCAGUCGUCCUGGCACACUCCUCCAUGGACACAAGACGGCUACGGCCAGCAUCACUCCUCUCACCCAGCUCUCCACCCAUCCCCAACUCAUUACCUCAGCCACCCACCGCCCCCAGCCCACUCUCCUUGCCCGCCUCAUCCAUCCAGCACCCCUCUCUCGCCGUACCCACCUCACAGCUCUCACCUUACCGUGCCGUCUCAUGCCCCUCCCUCCUACAUGUCACAGCACCCAGAAUCCCCUUCGCACAGUCGCUACGGCGAUACGAGGGAGAAAGUGUACAUAAACCUGUGCAACAUCUUCCCCUCAGAGCUGGUAAGCCGGGUUAUGGCCAGAAGCCCCCACAUCACAGACCCCCAGCAGCUGGCAGCUGCCAUCCUUGCAGAAAAAGCCCAAACAGGCUACUGAGGAGGGAAGGUAAAGACGAGCUAAGUAACUGCUUCGCAUAGCAACACUGGUAAAUGGACUGGUACUUGCAGUGCGCCUUUCUACUCAGUUUAAGCACUCAAAGUGCUUUCUCACUCCCUCAGACUUCUGAUUGGUAGACGACCUGCUCUACCACCUGAAACACAGCCGUCUUCACACUGCCGGGAUUACACUUUCAGAUUGUCUGUGAGGAGAGCAGUUUUUCAUUUCUUAUAUUAAUAAUCGAACAAUGCAAAAGUCUCCAGGACAUAAAAAGCUGAAGAUAAUCCAAAUCCAGGUCUGGUCACUGUGCAGCAACAACUUUUACCAGGUGUGGAAAGAGAGCGAGACACUGGACGAAGUCUGUGAUUUUGACUUAACCUGCGACAAAUGGAGAUUUGUUCUAGACCCCGCCCCCCAGCUGUUGUUUUUAUUUGUACUGUAGCUUUGCAUACAGGACGUUUAUACAAGGGCACCUUUGGUUUUACACCCAAACCAUAAUCUGGUGAGUUGGUUUCACAAAAAUACAUCGAAAAUGUGAUUGAAUUUAAGAGUUAUUUAUACAUAAACACACAUUAUGUGUAUUGUACACUGAGUCAAACGGAGCCACCACACGGACCAGGUCUUGUCCUGUGUCAACGGUCAUCGGGUACUCAGUUAUCACUCAGUGGUUUCAAACUUCUGUUUG